CUGUGGAUGCCGGGGAAACGUCGGUCUUACCGGUCAACGUAGCGUAGCGCAUGGAUAUGAGUUAAUGACCUUACUAUUUAGUGAGGUUCUGCUAUGAUGCUGUGGGCAUUUGUCGGUGCAUUUUCCGAAAGUCGCCGGUGCCACUGUCUCUGGAAUGAGAUAAUAAUCAUUCUGUGUGAUGUGGUCUUUAUUACGAUGAUAAUACAGUUGCCGCUCUGCUAAUUGCGGUAUGCGGAAAUACUCUUAGAGAAACAUUUUCCGUUGUAUGUUUUUUCGAACCAUAUUCGGUGUUAUGUAUACGCAUAUGUACACACACUGAAUUCGAACGUUUGUCGAAAGCGACAACCGGGGCCGAUCCGCUUUUUAUUAUUGCCAUUUACAUGAAACUACAUUACAUAUCACGGAUCAAAUGCUUUCCGCUAAGCCCCAUGUGCAAGUCCCAUUGAUGUGAUAACGAAAUUUGCCUUUAACGACCCAAAUGUCAGAUCCAGACUUUUCUUGGCAUGGCGCCAAUGCAUCCCUUACUAUGCCCGUGGAUCAAACGGCAGGCCCAUGGCUGCAGCCGUCGAUCGUUUUGUGUCUAUUGGCAAUACUACUGCUGGCGUCAUCACUGAUAGCCAACAUCCUAAUUACAAUAUCCAUUCUCUGUUUUCCCAAAUUGCGUACCAAUUUCAAUUUUUAUUUAUUGAAUAUUGCCGUAUCGGAUAUUAUUUUCUCGGUCUCCUCCCUGGGUAAUUUCUGUCCCUUAACGUAUUACGGAUAUUAUCCCUUCUCAUCGGGAGCAUGUACUGCGUGGCUGUAUUCUGAGUUCAUGUUCAGUGCCAUGACCGAAUGGACUAUGGCCAUGGUGGCUCUCGAUCGCCUCGUGUGCAUUAGUUGGCCCAUGUUCUACCGGAAAUAUCAGUCAUCCAAGUAUUCUGUGAUCAUUAUAGCAAUGGUGUGGAUCUGGCUGCAUCUGCUCAUACUUCCGUCGAUUUUGCUGGAUCGUGCGACAUUGCCCGAUGAUGCCGCAUCGGAACGAUGUAGUAUUGAUUAUCAUGCGCAUCCGGGAUGGCUAAUCACGUGUGUUAUAUUAGUUUUUUGGUUGCCCGAGACCGUUACAAUCACCGCUUAUAUCCGCAUUGCAUUAAAAAUGCGGUCAAGGAAGAAAUUUGUGGACACUCCCAGUUCAAAUAGUCUAGACUCAGACUUCCGGCAAGGAAAGAAUGAGGAGCAGCCUUUACGGUUGGAAGGAAUUGCUAAAUCACAGACCAAUUACGCUGUCGAUACCUUGUCAACGUCCAUGAGACAGAGAAGGCCGAACAAAGACCGAAAAGCUUUCCGGUUAUUAUCGGCCCUCGUGCUGUCGGUGAUUGUAUUCUGUCUCCCAGCGGAUAUUUACUAUUUCGUGGCGGCGCUAGAUUCUAAAUGGGCGACACACGUAUUCUACCAACUGGCAACAUUUUCCACUUUUAUACAUUGUUUUUUGAAUCCUUUACUCUAUCAUGCCUACUCUGAAGAUAUGCGAAACGCUGUUAAGAGUCUUUUUCAUCGUUCAUCUUAACUCUUUUAUACAAAUGUUCGGCAUUUUCUCUAAGAUGAGAUAAUAUCUGUCACCCAUUUUUGUAAUGAUACACUUGGUGGUAAAAAUCACCAAAAAUUA